AACGAAAGUGAAAGUCUAACUCUGCACGUCCAUUUUACAUCUUCUGUACAUUUCGGCCGUUAAAGAUCGUGAAAGCGGAAUUAAGGUCAGACUGAUCUCCUCGACUUGAAAUCACGCCGAAAACCAGCUUCGCCAGAAACAAAGAACCCACCGCUUCUUCUUCUUUUUCUUCUUUUUUGUGUGUGGUUGUGACGUCACCUUGGAUUCACUAAAAAGACACAAUGGAUAAUCGCAUCAUUCACUUUUAUUUCCUGGCGCUUCUUUCCUCGCUUUGCUCUGCUGCUCCCGUUUCAGGGACUUUCACGGUUUCAGAAAAGUCUCCUGUCUCAGUCCAGCGAGGUCAAACAGCCAUCUUACCCUGCUGGCUCACCCCGUCUCAGAGUGCAGAGGAUAUGGAGGUACGCUGGUAUCAAGGGAUUGAUGGGUAUGACACUCCAGCCCUACUUUAUAAGGACAAGGCUUUCGACUACUCAUCCCAACAAGCUUCAUACGCUGGCCGAGUCUCGUUCGGCUUAAAGGAAAAAACAUCAGGAGGAUUAAAGGCAGGUGAUGUCAGCCUGAAGCUGGAAAACGUCACAAUUGAAGAUGCUGGACAAUAUACAUGUUAUGCUAGCAGUUCUGAAGAUUAUGAAAGUGCAAUUAUUAGUCUGAGUGUGACAGAAACUGGACGCUCCCCUCUCCUGUCAGCGGUGAGGAAAGACGAUAACAAAGUUAAUAUAAGCUGCCAAUCUGCUGGCUGGUAUCCAAAGCCUGAGCUCAGCUGGUCAGAAGGCAAAAACGCUCUCAGACCUGAUAAUGUGUUGUUUAGCAAAACCUCUGCUAGUUUUUAUUCAGUCCAUAGUUGGGUUCUGGUCUCCAGUCCCUCUGAGGUCUCCUGCUCUGUUGGGCUCAUCAAUGAGGCACCAAAAGAGGCCAGAAUGCGCCUGGAAAAUCCUCCAUCAUCACAAGAAGGAUCCUCAGCUGGAUGGGUGGCCUUUGUGAUACUUCUGGUAGCUGUACUAGCGGCACUUGGAGCCUUGUGCUUCCUUUACUUCAGGAAGAAAGCCAACAAAUCAAAAUCAGGAAAUGACGCAACUGAUGGAGCUGAACUCAUGAGCAAUCCUGAAGAGAAUGAACCACUUCUGUCAACAGCAACAUGGCAUCCAGCAGUUCUUUUGGAAGGAUCCAAGUAUUAUGAGAAUAUUCAACUGGUGAACACAGGCAAUAAGCUAAUAAGAAUCAAGAAUUCUAUACUGAGAGAAAAUAUCCAUGCAAAGUUUCCUGAUGGAGACAGAGUCACUUGUCUCACUGCAGUCAGAGGUUCUCCUGGCUUCUCUUCUGGACGUCACUACUGGGAGGUUUGCUUAAUGGCACCUAAUGUCGAUCUUAAGAAGUCCUGGUGGAUUGGAGUGACAGAUAAACAUGAAAUCCCUCAUGAUGAAAGUUUCCCUCCAACCACAAAAAAUGGUUUCUGGUUCUUGUCUUCUUGCCCCAACCGGGAGAAUACUGUUCAGUUUAGCACCGAACCAGAGACAUUCAUUUAUGUCCAGUCAAAACCAAAAACAGUUGGUGUGUAUUUGGACUUUGACAACAGAGAGCUCUCCUUCUAUAAUGUGGAAGAGAAAUGUCUGAUUGGAUCUCUGGCAGCAAAAUUCACAGGUGAAAUGUUCCCACUUUUUAACCCUGGGAAAGGUGAACAAUCAUCUAUGAAGAUACCGUUGCAGGAUCAGUCAAAUAACACUGAAAAUGUGGAGAAACUACAAAAUGUGGAGGAGGACCAAUCAGGCAAGACUGAGAAUGCAGAGAAAGAAAUUAAAAGUGGCACAAAUGAAGAAAGAGAAGAAGAAGAGGGUAAGGGAGAUGCACAGUGAAAUGUUGUCAUGCAUGCAGACAAGUCCGAAGUAAAAUAAUCAGGAAAAAAAAAAUUUAAAUUAAAAUGUACUUGUUGCACUCAAAGUUUAAGAAAGUAAAACAAAGUAUUUAUUAUAAGCUUUGAUUUUCUGAAAUUUAAGAUCAGCAUCAAUGGUAACAGUUUCCCUUGGGAAACAUUAAAUAUCUACACAAAAUGUAAGUUGUGUUUCUGUCCAAACUCAGUAAUGCUGGAGCUUUGAUCAGUGGGUGAGUCACACAACGAGAGUGUGUUUAAUUAAAUAUCUUCCUUCAUUUUACAUGCAUUCUCUGUUGUACCUGCAGUUAAAGGCAACUCAGAUAAACCCGACUACAGAAAAUAAAAUUUCUAGCUCCAAAGAAAGUUUUAUUAUUUCCUUUAUGUUUUUACAAAUGUAAGUCAUGAAUUCUCUAUUAGGGCCGACUGUCUAACUCUAAUUUUGCACUCCUUUAAAGCCUAUUUUUAUAACUGAGGCAAUCAAUCAGUGAACUAAUCACUAGAAUCACAUGUUACUUUUUCUGAAUAUUAAUACUUCUCUACUGGAUCAGUAAAAUAAAUGUACAGACCUGUGUUAUCUUUGGUACAUGUGUAGAUACAUAAAUAAUGUUUAAAUGUUUGGUACAGUUUAGUGAAUAUUUACUCAUAGUUAACCUGAUCUAAUGUGUUUCAAGUAAUUUUUCUAAGUUCACAUCAACUGACUGUGAUACCUGUUGUAAAACUGACUAAUCUAUUUUCCUUUUUUUAAUAGGUGCUAACUCAGCCUUUUAUGAGUUUUUAUAAAUUCGUGUUAUGUUGUCAUAUUUUGAAGCUAUACAAAGCUGCCUAAUGCUCCUUCUGUCUAUAAAACUUCAGUUCUUUCGAAUAGCUACCAAAGGCAUGUUUUGGAAGCUAAUUUAACUUAACUUGUCCUAAUUUGUUUCAUAUGUCAGUAUAUGAUGUUUAUAUGAUGUUUAAUGGAUAUACAUAUUUCAGGAGCAACUCAGAAGCUGGUCUAGUAUAUUUUUAUCACUACUUUAGAGCCUGUUAGGCCUUCAAAGCAUUGGGAGAGCAUGCAUACACUUCAAUACUGAAACAUUUUAGGCAUAAGAAUGGGAAAGCAUGAAUUAUUAAUCUUAUAGCAGCUUAGUAACAUGGAGAGCUCCUUCAAGUCUCAACUGUAAAUAUUUACAGACCAUAGUCCAUUUUAAAAUGUGAUACUGUGGUGGAAUAUUGUGCAAGCUUUUUGUGUCAGUCUGAACUCAGAUUGUGCUGAUUUUUAAUUUUAGACAAUAAAUAGAUUCAUAUUUGAAGGAACAAUAAGAAAUAAGUAUGUGUGCACUCAGUGUUCCUUCACUUUUUUACCACCUCUUGUAAAUGUUUUGUGUUUCUAACUAAAGAUUUCAGAACAUUGUAGAUACAUAUUCAACAGGUUUAAUUUUUUUAAAAAAUAAAUAAAAUAUAAUCAUU